AUGUUUCUUUUACUUUGUAUUCUGUCCACUUUGGCUUCUGAGGUUUUCACUUCGGAUUACAGUCUCUUGGAUCAAGAUUAUUAUGAUUUAAAUAAUGCUAAAGCGAUAUUUAACCAAUUCAUCCAGAAAUAUGAGAAAGAAUACGAUGAUAGAAUCGACUAUCACUUCGAGGUUUUCAAACAAAAUCUACAGAACAUAAACAAAUGGAAUAAAGAAAAGGGCACCAAAAUGUUUGGAAUUAACGCAUUUACUGAUCUGACGUUUGAAGAAUUUUCUCGAUUUUAUUUAGGUUUUAAUGCUAAAAACAUAUCUAGUGAUGGAAUAGUAUACAAGCCAUCUGGAAUAGAGGCACCAGAUUCUUUGGAUUGGCGUGAUUCUGGAUAUGUUAGUCCUGUUAAAAACCAAGAAAAUUGUGGCAGUUGCUUUGCUUUUAGUGCUACUGGAAACGUAGAAGGCCAAUACGCAAAAAAUCACAAUACACAAGCUAUCAGUCUGUCUGUUCAGCAAAGUCUCGACUGCGAGUCUCAGGGUAACUGCAUCGAUGGAGGUUUUCCUCAUAAUGUGUUUCAGGCUUUAGCUGAACAAGGGGGGUCUAUGCGAGAAGAAGAUUAUCCGUAUGAAGGUGUUAAAGGACAAUGCAGAACUCAGAGGGACAAAAUAGUGGCCAAAGUGACUGGGGGCAGUCAGCUAGGUGUAUCUGGCGAAGACGAUCUUAAGGAAGCUUUGGCUAGUCAUGGACCGCUAUCAAUCAGUGUUUGUGUUGACAAUCAAUUUAAAGCUUACAAUGGAGGUGUAUUUAAACCCUCCACACCAUGUUAUCAAUCAAACCAUGCUGUACUGUUGGUCGGUUAUGGAAAUGAGGGGUCAACCAAGUACUGGCUUAUCAAGAACUCAUGGGGCAAACAGUGGGGCGACCAAGGAUACUUCCGCUUGGUAAUGGGACAGAGGGCGUGUGGCAUUGGGGUUAUAUACACGGCCUGUGCUAAGGUGGCUUAA